ACGUAUCGAGAGCAAUGGCAAGAGCUCAAGUAGCUACAACACUUGUCUUAUAGCAACAUGUACAUUUUUGCGAUAACGUUACAACAGAAACUUUUGUCACGGAAACGUUAUUUUUCAGUGUUGUUUAUUGUUUAGAAAAUCCAUCUUUUUUAUCCAUCUCGUGUGUACGCUUUUUUUUAUUUUUAGUUUUAUUUUUUUACGAAUGUAGUGAUGACGGGUCGUGGUGGUAAAUCUGUGUGUAAAAAAGGACUAGUGUACGGAUUUUACGUGAAUUUGGCUAUUUUUGUAGCUCGGCUUUUUGUUACGUCGCAAGCAUUCGAAGAAGCAGGUGACGUAUAUUUGCGCAAUGUUGCAAAUGAGCUACAACUGAUGAAUGGAAUAAGCACAGCUCAUGGGUCAUCGUCGUUGAUGCAAUCGAUAACUUCUGAUUAUCGAACCAAGAAUCAACCAAUGUUGGACCGAUUUAAUCAUCAUUACGUGCCUUUCAAGAACAAGGAACUACCAAAUCUGUUGGACGCUUCAAACUGCCCGAAAAAGGAAAAAAUUUUGCAAACUUCGACGACUUUGGGCUUUUUUCCAGCCGAGCUGGCCACAAUGUAUAAAAAAGCCGUGGAACGGGGCACCCUGGUAAAAUAUAAUCAUCUUUUGGAUAAAUUGAGUGCGCAAACGCUUGAAAAUGCGUUUCCAGAGGAUUUUCAAAAUACCAUCGAGCCAGUACGUCUACCCGUAGAAUCCUCGUACGCAUAUUACUUUUAUCCGCUCGAAACUUUUCAUCAUGAAUUGGCCAAGCAAUAUGGCUUUGAAACAGCGCACGAUUCAAAACGUAACUCAGCAGUAUCGGAAAAUAAAAACAAAAUAAAUGCCAUGAAUCCGAUAUUUGUUGGCUUGAGCAGUAUUUUAGGAAUGGCCCUUUUUUUUAUAACUGCCUUGUAUUUUUACCCACAAUUUCUCCUUCCCAUGAAUAAUAUUUCACUUGCUGCCACUUCUCGGACCGUUUUUCAAAGCGAGUUGACGCAUUUGUCAAGUUUCAUCAUUGAUGCUAUCGACUAUUACAAAGUGUUUGAUUAGUAACAAUAAAUUUGGAAUAAAAUAAAUAAACGCU